AAUACAUUUUUUUUCGGGAGAACCAAAGAAAUUAUUAAAUACGCAUUCUGCUGUAUAUAGUUAUUUUUACUUCCGGUAGAUCUACUGCACCUAAUUUUUCUGUAUAAGUACUUACUAAACAUAUUGUGCUCGCUGCGCAUGCAUUUUUCCACAUGUUAUUAUUUGAAUUUUUAAAAACGAUUUUGUUAGCAGCGCUUUCGUCCGCAGACGCCCUGAGAAUCAUAUUUUAUGUGCUGCUGUAACUUUAUUUGCGGUUCCGGGAGCAGAUAAAGCCUAUGGCUGCCCGGAAGUCUCUUCAACGCUCCGCACAAACCAAGAAAAGCCAGUCCAAGUUAGCCCUGAAUAAAAGUGGCAAUCCGGUAACAGACCGUGGAACUGCACCACUCUUUGCGCCGAUUAUUCCCAAGAAAUCUUUACCGUCGUUUCUUGAAACCGAUGACAUCCUCAAAACUGUAGCAUCAGCUAACCCACAGUAUUUUGACUGUAAAACCGCGGGGAAAAUAUGCAUAAAAGGGUCUGCCUUAAAUUCCAUGAGCGAAGGAGAACCUAAGCCAGACACUCCAAUAUCUGCACCUAUGGAGACGCAUGUGGACCAGACCAUACAUCAGCGCAAUCAGGCAAAACCUGCCGAAGCCGAGGUGAUGAAAACCUGGAACGAUUUCAAGGAACGUUUCCGUCAAGCAUUUGAAGACGGUCAAGGACGAGACAUGUGUUAUGCUAUUCGCCAGAUGGAAGACGACUGUGAGCACAUCGAGCGCACCUUAGUCAAUGCCCACAAGCGAAAGGUCAUGCUGCUUUACCACACAAAAUACCUAGCCCGAAUGUUGAGGAAGAAUUCCGUUCAGAUGAAACAUGCGAACAAAAUGGAAGAGUCAAUUGUCGCUACCAUUAAAGCUAUGUCAUUAGCGCAAAAUUCGAUAACUCACGAGACCAGCGUAAUCAACAUCGGCGUGCGUUCUCAGUUGCAACAAAUGCAAAACCAUUUUUGGCGGAAACUAGGGAUCCCACAAUCGAAACCAAACGAUACGAAACAAUUCACCGAUAAAUCAUUGGAAAAUGCCAGCACGAAACGCGAUAUGCCGCAGAUGGAAAAAGUCCGCAUGUUGCUCGAUCCUGCAAAUUUUGCUGCUAUUGCGGAUAAGUCCAAUGGACUACUUUUAGCUCAACACUACGUAAUUAAUUAUCUGAAACUCUGUUCGGAAAAUCAUCCUUGGAUGCAGAAUCUCCGAAUAAAUUUCCCGACGGAGAACGGUCUGAGCGAAACGAUGCAGCUGAAAGAUGUUCCCAUGUUUACUGAAGACAUGUCGGCCCUUUUUACCGGACUAAAGCCUAGUCUCGAGCCAAUAAAACUACUGGAAGAACAGUUUCCAAAUGGCGACCUCCGCCCAAUCGGCGAAAUAACCGAACUGGAACCAAUUGCCCCGUUUUUUGCAUCCGAAAUGUCUGAUUCCCAGAAGCCACACCCUGCAAAUCUUUUUCAGGCUAUCCACCUGGAUACACUUGCGAAUCGUUUAAAGAAGACACGAGGCGAAAGCGAUUUGUUGAGUUUUGAUGAGUUUGCCGCGAAGAAUUCGCAUUUGUUUCAGUUUAUCGAGCCGCCUCAUGUGUCACCCAAUCGACGCAGCACGGUGCCUUGGGAAGGAAAGGGCAAGUUAAUUACCAACAGUUCCAACUUUCACGGUCAGGCCGUAUCCGGAAGUAAUCUGCAAAUUGCUAAAUCUGCUCAGGAGGAAACGUCGACAAUGCAUCCGAAUGCUGCAGCGUCCAAAUCGGGAACAGCGCUCUAUACUAAGCCAACGUCGCCGGUUACCGAUCACCAAUAAAAUCCUGGAUAAACGGCACCUAUGCGCUCAUUCAGGCAGCUCACAAGAUUAUACGCUAUCUCUUCCAUCUGUGCACUGCCACUGUAAAACAUCGUAUUACAGAAUUAAUGUUGUUUGGAUUUUCUAUAAUAACUUUCUUCCUCAUUUUGCAGGGAUUUCAAAUACUCAACAUGCUAUCGUAGUGAGUGGCUUGAUGUGUUCUCCGGUUCUCCCUAUAAACUGAUUUUUGAAGGAUACACUAGCCACAGUGUUAAACAGCUAAAUGUAUAGUAUAGUAUUUUUAUUUUAUUACUUUGUGGAGUGCCUUUGAAUCACUUUCACUACCUUUUUAAAUAUCGUGGCUACCAAAAUGAACACUUCAAGCAUGGUUCUGCAUAUAUAUGCACAGUAUAUACUAUAAUCAUCUUUAGUUAUUUUUGUUUAAUUGCCUCCGUAGCGCAACUUUUAUAAUUAUGACCUAUGCUGUCUUUUCGCGCCACGCCAUACAAGUAAUGA